GAAGAGGUGUAGGAGGGAAUCCUAGACUGCUCCGCUGCAGUGGCGGUGGCGCGGCGGUAUAAAAAGUAGUGUCACAUAUGGGUUGCGGUGGCUGAGCUGGGUCCCGUUGAAUUUAUCCAACGUCCCUGCACCACUGCAGGUUGAUUCUUCCAAGCAAAACCUCCGCAAUUAAUUCCCAUUUAUUUCUUCUCCUAACAAAAUUUAAUUAUAUUCCUACUUUGAUCUGCUAUUGCAAUAGUCCUAUCUAUCGAUUCUAUCCUAUCUCAUCACCAUCCCAUCUGCCAUCAUCUUCUAUUCAACUCUCUUUCGUAUUUGCACUAAUUAAGGCAAAUUCCAGCCGUUUCUGCUCCUACCUCUCUGAUUCUUGCACUCUUUUCCUUGUGCAACUUCUUGCUCUUGUAGUCUUGUUGCUGCAUAGAACACGUGAGGAAAGUUGGAGUUGAGAUGCAUAGCUUCAAGUCCACUGUAACACAACAAGCUAUUGCUCUCACCACUUCUGAUGUGUAUUGCCAUUCUCAGCCAUCAUUUUACAUCAGGGGUGAAGAAGGUAGUAGAAAUGGGGCUCGCUUUUCAGAUCUUGGGGAGCUGGAGCAGUCUCCUGGAAAUGGGUUUCAUCAUGAUGAUGCUUUGAACUUAAGCAGAAGCUCAAUGUACAAUGAUUUGAAGGCAAGCAAUGUUUCUGUUGUGUCUAGUAACUUGCAGUUUGGUGGCCUCAACAACAGCUUGGGUUCAGCAGAGAUGGUUUCAUCUGCAACAGGGGUUGACUCAGGCCAAUUCAUGUCACACAAGGGGCCAAUUGUGGAUUUCUGCGGCGGUGGUGGUGCUAUGGGAAAUGGCCAGUUUGAAAACUGGGGUGAUUCAGGGGUGGUGGCAGAUCACAGCCAGCAGACUGACACUUCUACAGACACUGAUGACAAAAAUCAGUAUCCUGUAGUGCACAAUGAGAGAUUGAUGGGCGCGGACUCUAUGGACCAAUUGAAUGAGAAAAUCGGAGACCAAAAGACAUUGCGUAGGCUAGCUCAGAAUCGUGAAGCAGCUCGGAAGAGCCGAAUGAGGAAAAAGGCCUAUGUUCAACAGCUUGAGAAUAGUCGGCUAAAGCUCACGCAACUAGAGCAGGAGCUGAAAAAAGUACGGCAGCAGGGUGCGUUAGCCGCAUCUGGAUAUCAUGCAGAUCAUUCUCUAGGUGGAAAUGGGACUAUGGCAUUUGACCUAGAUUAUGCGAGAUGGCUUGAUGAACACCAGCGGCUGAUUAAUGAUCUCAGAACUGCUGUAAAUUCUCAUGUGGGCGACAGUGAACUCCGGCUUCUUGUUGAGGGCAUGAUGUCUCAUUAUGAUGAGAUAUUCCGCCUUAAGAGUGCUGGUGCAAAAUCAGACGUCUUUCACAUGCUUUCGGGCAUGUGGAAGACUCCGGCUGAGAGGUGCUUCAUGUGGUUAGGAGGAUUUUGCUGCUCUGAGGUUCUCAAGAUACUCGGAAACCAAAUCGAGCCAUUAACAGAGCAACAGCUGGUGGGGAUUUGCAACCUGCAGCAAUCCUCCCAACAGGCUGAGGAUGCCUUGUCUCAAGGAAUGGAAGCUCUUCAACAGUCGCUCGUAGAGACACUCUCCUCAAACGCCCUCGCCCCUCGUAACUCUGCAAACAUGGCUGACUAUAUGGGGCAGAUGGCCAUUGCCAUGAGCAAGCUUGCCACACUUGAGAAUUUCCUUCAUCAGGCAAGUAUCCUUUCCAAAUACGAAAACCUCGUGUAUCAAUUCACCAUAAUAAAACUUCUAAAAGUUUUGAAUUUUACACCAACAGGCCGACCUCCUGAGACUCCAGAUGUUGCAACAACUGCAACGAAUACUAACAACUCGUCAAGCUGCUCGUGCUCUUCUUGCCAUCAGUGAUCACAGAUCAAGGCUCCGAGCUCUGAGCUCGUUGUGGCUAGCACGCCCUAAGGAAUGAUAUUGCUGUCUUCUUAUGUUCGUCGACACCCUACUUUGCCUACUAGCCCGCCAUGUAAGUAAAAGCAUUUUCUAGUGAGACAUGUUGAUCCAUAGCUUAGCGGAGAACCUUUUUCUGUAUCAAAGAAUCGUUUAUGCACUGCAAUUUCUUGAUGAUCAA